AUGAAACCAUCAAAAGAAUCUGAAAGCCCUCUGAAGAUUCUGUCACUUUACCGCCACAAAAACGUCCGCCCAAAUGUGAUAGAUAUUUUUAUUCAUAUCUCACUUCCAACGUUCUCAAUUCACAUCAACGGAUAUUGUAUUGGUUUGCUUUGCUUUGGUUUUGGUGCCGUGAUGGAUGUGAUUAUGCUGAUCAGCUCGCCAAGCAUUUGCAGUUGUAAUGUUAGUACCUGGAAUGCAACUGGUCAUAAACCAAUUGAUAAUAAUUCAGGUGGGUCAAUUUACAAGUUUAGAACUUUGAAGUUUUUGGCAUGUGGGUCUCGGUUAAAAUGGAAGAAGAUUAGGAAAAACAAAGUGGAUGUAUGUGGGGUUCUUAUGAGAAAUUCAUAUGAAGUUGUUGUGGUAAAUGAAAAACCCAAAAAGGGUGUUUCUUCCGAUGAAGUUUUUGGAGUUUUGAAGUCAAUAUCUGACCCAACUGAAGCUUUCUCUUAUUUCAAAUCUGUGGCUGAGUUGCCUACUGUGGUUCACACCACAGAUACAUGUAAUUACAUGCUUGAGCUGUUGCGGGAAAAGAAAAGGCUGAAUGAUAUGGCCGUGGUGUUUGAUUUGAUGCAAAAGCAGAUCAUAUAUAGAAAUCUGGAUACCUAUUUGAUUAUAUUCAGGGGCCUUAACAUAAGGGGUGGAAUCCGGCUGGUGGCAUUUGCUCUUGAAAAAAUGCAGAAGGCAGGCUUUCAAUUGAAUGCCUACUCCUACAACGGGUUAAUACAUUUGGUUCUUCAAGCUGGAUUUUGGAGGGAAGCGUUGGAGGUUUAUAGAAGGAUGGUUAUGGAAGGGCUUAAGCCUAGUCUUAAAACAUACUCUGCACUGAUGGUGGCAUGUGGCAAGAGAAGAGAUACUGAAACCGUAAUGAGAUUGCUGGAAGAGAUGGAGAGUUUGGGAUUGAGGCCUAAUGUUUAUACUUUCACCAUUUGCAUCAGAGCUCUUGGUCGGGCGGGUAAAAUCGACGAGGCAUAUGUCAUUCUGCAGAGAAUGGAUGAGGAAGGUUGUGCUCCUGAUGUGGUUACAUACACUGUUCUUAUUGAUGCGCUUUGUGAUGCUGGAAAGCUUGGCGUGGCAAAAGAAGUUUUCUUAAAAAUGAGAUCCGGGAGCCAGAAACCCGAUCGUGUGACUUACAUCACUUUGCUGGAAAAAUUUACUGACCAUGCAGAUUUGGAAUCUGUUCAGGAAUAUUUCAACCAGAUGGUAGCUGAUGGUUACAAAGAAGAUGUUGUGAGUUUCACAAUACUUGUUGAUGUCUUGUGCAAAGUUGGAAAAAUUGAUGAAGCUUUUGCUACUUUAGAAGUUAUGAAAGAGAAAGGCAUAUCCCCUAAUCUUCAUACAUACAAUACUUUGAUUGGUGGGCUUCUGAGGGAAAAUCGACCUGAUGAGGCAUUUGAGCUAUUUCAUAGCUUGGAGGCAUUAGGUCUAGAGCAUACUGCAUAUACAUACAUUCUGUUUAUCGAUUACUAUGGAAAAUUAGGUCAGACUGACAAAGCUCUUGAAAUUUUUGAGAAGAUGAAGGCUCACGGAAUUGUUCCAGACACCGUUUCUUUUAAUGCAUCCCUUUAUGGCCUUGCACAAUCAGGUAGGCUUAAGGAGGCAAAAGAUAUUUUUGAUGGAAUGAAAAGAUGUGGACUUGUGCCUGAUUCUAUAACAUAUAACAUGAUGAUAAAGUGUUAUAGUCAUGCUGAAAAAGUAGAUGAAGCUAUUCAAUUGCUAGAUGAGAUGAUAGAAAGUGGCUGUGAUCUUGAUGUGAUGGUAGUGAAUUCCUUGCUUGACAUGCUUUACAAAGCUGAUCGUGCUGAUGAGGCAUGGAGAAUGUUUUCAAGAAUGAAGGGUAUGAGGCUUGUUCCUUCAGUAGUGACGUAUAAUACUUUGUUGGCUGGACUUCGGAAGGAAGGUAAAUACCAAGAGGCUUUUCAUUUGUUCAAAAGCAUGGCUGGAUGUGGAUGUCCUCCUAAUACAAUAACUUUCAACACGCUUUUGGAUUGUCUUUGCAAAAAUAAUGAGGUUGACUUAGCCGUGAAGAUGUUAUAUGAAAUGACAAGAAUGAACUGCUUCCCUGAUAUUAUUACGUACAACACUGUCCUUUCAGGGUUAACUAGAGAAAACAGGUUUAGGGAGGCAUUCUGGUUCUACAAUCAGAUGAGAAAAGUACUCUACCCGGAUUGUGUAACUCUGUGGGUUUUCCUUCCUGGUAUUGUGAAAGAUGGUUUAAUUGAGGAUGCUAUCCACAUUGUGAAGGAUUUUGCUCGUUAUGCUAGAAAAUCAUUGGUUAGAUCAUUUUGGCUGAAUAUGAUGGAAGGAGUUGCAAAUGAAGCAGAACUACCUUUGGCCAUGUCAUUUAUGGAAAGAUUACUAUCCGAUGAUCUUUGCAGAUAUGACUCAAUAAUGGUGCCAAUUAUAAAAGUUCUAUGCAGGCAGCAAAAAAUCCUUGAUGCUCACCAAUUGUUUCUUAAAGCCACCAAAUCAUUUGAGAUUCAACCAACACGGGAAACAUAUCAUGUUCUGAUUACCGGCCUUCUCGAAAUUCAUCACCAAGAGUUGGCUUGGGAGCUUUUCAUGGAUAUGAAAAAUGUUGGAUGUGCUCCUGAUGUUUCCACUUACAAUUUGUUGCUUGAUGAUCUUGGGAAGUCGGGAAUGGUCAACGAACUUUUCAAAUUGUAUGAAGAGAUGCGUCAUAAAGGAUGUAUUCCUGGCACCAUUACUCAUAACAUAGUCAUCUCUGGUAUUGUAAAAUCAGGUGAUGUAGAGAAGGCCAUGGAUUUCUACUACAAUCUACUGAGUGCAGGUUUUUCCCCUACUCCUUGUACAUACGGUCCUCUUCUAGAUGGUCUUCUGAAGUCCGGAAAGAUGGAUGAAGCAAAGAACUUGUUUGAUGAAAUGACUCAAUAUGCAUGUCGACCUAAUUCUGCUAUAUAUAACAUUCUUAUUAAUGGAUUUGGGAAAGCCGGUGAUGUAAAAAAUGCAUGUGCCUUCUUUGAUAGGAUGCUCAAUGAGGGGAUACGACCUGACUUGAAAUCUUACACCAUUCUUGUGGAUUGCCUCUGUCUUUCUGGGAAGGUGGAGCAGGCGUUGCACUAUUUUGAAGAGCUUAAGUUAACUGGCCUUGAUCCUGAUCUAGUCUCCUACAACCUUAUGAUAAAUGGGCUUGGCAGAUCAGGAAAAAAUCAUGAAGCUUUGACUCUUCUAAGCGAGAUGCGCAGCCGGGGUCUUUCUCCAAACUUGUAUACAUACAAUACCCUAAUUCUUAAUCUUGGAGUUGCUGGCUUGAUAAAAGAAGCAGAAAAGAUGUAUGAAGAGCUCGUGGCCAUGGGUCUUGAACCAGAUGUUUUUACUUAUAAUGCUCUCAUCAGGGGGUACACAAUUUCCGGAAAUACUGACCGUGCAUAUGAAAUCUUCGAGAAGAUGAUGGUUGGAGGAUGUGUACCUAAUGGCGGAACUUUUGCUCAACUACCUAACUAG